CCGCUCCGCGCAGGCGCAUUCCUCGCUCCGCGCCUGCGCCCCGCCGCGCGCCGGCCCCAUGCGCUUCCCUGCCGAGCCGGCUGGCAGCGGCCAGGCGCGCGCCCCGGCCCUCGCCCCGCACCCUCCGCGCGCCGCCCCCUCCCGCCCGGCGGGCACAGCAAGGCAGAUGAAGUACAUCCUGGUCACGGGCGGGGUGAUCUCGGGCAUCGGCAAGGGGAUCAUCGCCAGCAGCAUCGGCACCAUCCUCAAGUCCUGUGGGCUGCAUGUCACCUCCAUCAAGAUCGACCCCUACAUCAACAUCGACGCGGGCACUUUCUCCCCAUAUGAGCACGGGGAGGUGUUUGUGCUGGAUGAUGGAGGAGAAGUGGACCUGGACCUUGGUAACUAUGAGCGCUUCCUUGAUAUCCGGCUCACCAAGGACAACAAUCUGACUACUGGGAAGAUCUACCAGUAUGUCAUCAACAAGGAGAGGAAGGGAGACUACCUCGGCAAAACUGUUCAAGUUGUUCCCCACAUCACAGAUGCAAUACAGGAAUGGGUAAUGAGGCAGGCACGGAUUCCUGUGGAUGAAGAUGGCAUUGAACCCCAAGUUUGUGUCAUUGAGCUUGGAGGGACAGUAGGUGACAUUGAAAGUAUGCCUUUCAUUGAAGCUUUCCGCCAGUUCCAGUUCAAAGUCAAAAGGGAGAAUUUCUGUAACAUUCACGUCAGUCUAGUUCCCCAGCCAAGCUCUACGGGAGAGCAGAAGACUAAACCCACCCAAAACAGUGUUCGUGAACUCAGAGGUCUUGGUCUCUCCCCAGAUCUGAUUGUUUGCAGGUGCUCCACUCCACUGGAUACCUCAGUAAAAGAAAAGAUUUCCAUGUUCUGUCAUGUUGAACCAGAACAGGUCAUCUGUGUGCAUGAUGUCUCUUCCAUCUACCGGGUUCCUCUGCUGUUAGAGGAGCAGGGGGUUGUUGACUACCUCAGCCACAGGCUGGACCUCCCCAUUGAGCGGCAGCCCAGGAGGAUGCUGAUGAAGUGGAAGGAGAUGGCAGACAGGUAUGACCGUCUCCUCGAAACGUGUUCCAUUGCACUGGUUGGCAAAUACACCAAGUUUUCGGAUUCCUACGCGUCUGUUAUUAAGGCGCUAGAGCAUUCUGCCCUGGCCAUCAACCACAAACUGGACAUCAAGUAUAUUGACUCGGCUGACUUGGAGCCAGAUACUCUGCAGGAGGAACCUGUCCGAUACCAUGAAGCAUGGCAGAAGCUGUGUGGUGCUGACGGAGUUCUGGUUCCUGGUGGAUUUGGUGUUCGAGGGACAGAAGGCAAAAUUCAAGCUAUUUCUUGGGCAAGAAAACAGAAAAAACCUUUCUUAGGAGUUUGUCUGGGAAUGCAGUUAGCAGUCGUGGAGUUUGCGCGCAGUGUUCUUGGCUGGCAAGAUGCCAACUCGACGGAAUUCGACCCCAAAACUGCCCAUCCCGUGGUCAUAGACAUGCCAGAGCACAAUCCUGGGCAAAUGGGUGGGACCAUGAGGCUUGGCAAGAGGAGGACACUCUUCCAAACCAAGAAUUCAAUCAUGAGGAAGCUGUACGGAGAUCACGAUUUCCUGGAGGAGAGACACAGACACAGGUUUGAGGUCAACCCAGAACUGAAAAAGUGUUUUGAAGAGCAAGGUUUGAAGUUUGUAGGCCAGGAUGAGGAGGGAGAGCGAAUGGAGGUGGUUGAGUUGGAAGAGCAUCCUUUCUUCGUUGGUGUCCAGUAUCACCCUGAAUUCCUCUCCAGGCCGAUUAAGCCAUCUCCCCCAUACUUCGGCCUCCUCUUGGCAUCUGCGGGAAGACUCACACAUUAUCUACAGAAGGGCUGCAGGCUCUCGCCCAGGGACACCUACAGUGACAGGAGUGGCAGCAGCUCACCAGACUUGGAGAUAACGGAGCUGAAGUUCCCAUCAGUAAAUCAUGACUGAUUCACGGUGUCUUCGUUGAAGAGAGGAACCUUCAUUAGAUUCUCCAGGCAUUCUUACAGCAAUAGCUUGAACACUGUCAGCUCUGGGCUUCCUUAACUUUGGGGUUUAUCAUUUUUAUUAUGAAAUCCUGUCCCUGUAUUUCCUCACCUCUUCUGUCCUUUGUUUAUUUUCUAUGUGGGUUCUGUUUAUUCCUGGAGGAGAGCUCAGCACAGUGCGGCCCCUCCAGACCUUCAGUCAGAUAGAAAGCAGGGCCAUCAGAAGCACAUGGGGCUGUGGGACUUGAUGUGCUGGGGAGAAAAAUUCAGCUGCAUGCUUCCUUCCCAGUGCCUGGGAACGCUGGUAUGAGUUUGUAUCUUGGACACUGACAGCUGUGUUGCUUUUUCCAGUCUUUCUGCUCCCUCAUCAGUCUUUAUUCCUGGUGGAAUUAUGUGGGUGAGGCUAGAUUUUGGGGGCUUGCGUGUUGCUGAGCCACUCUGUGCUGCAGAGGAUGGGUCUGUUCAGCUGUGUGCAGGCUGUUUUUUUGGGUACACAUUCUGUUCCAUUUUUGUUUUGGUUUUUUUUUUCAAUUGUAUUUAAAAUGUUCGGCACCGGGUCUUGGUGCUGGCAAUGAGCCUGUAACGGGGAAACUUCCUGCAGUGGAGGAAUUAACCUGGAACAGGAUCAGCUCUAACUGUGAUGCCGCUCUGCAGGGGUGCAGUUAACCCGGAUCAUGUUGAGGGGGGAGCAGAACUUUUGGGAAAGGCCUUGGCUGCCAAAAGGAGCCAAGGAGCCUUUGGCCCUUUCUCUACUAGUUUUGUCAGUACUGCCUCUGGGCUGGGAAACUUCGACUCCUUGCAUCAAGGGGGAGGAGCAGGAGUGGGAUGGAUGUCAGGUGCUGCCUUCAACAGCUCCGGUGGGUCUGCCUUGGGCUGAGCCAUUCAUGGUGCUUUUUUUCUUUGAUUGGAAGUGGAGCCUUCUGUUUCCUUUUUUCCACGGCGGAGCUGCUCACGGCCCUCGGUGCAGUACGGCCGUGCUGUUCCCGAGGGAGGGCUUCCCUCUUUGCAGCUCCUGGCCCUCGGUGCGGAACGGCUGCGCUGUCCCCAAGGGAGGGCUUUCUGCUUUGCCCACAGUGUUACUCGGCGCAGUCUGUAGGCAUGUGUUGUCUGGCAAUGACAAGUGCAGCUUUGCAGUUCCAGGAUGGGAAAUGCAAUUGCUUUUUGAUUUUCCUGACUUCUGCUGCAAUGUCUUUGGGAAUUUGGGAAUUAGGAAGAGGGGAAGGUCUCUCAGUUGUCUGAAGUGUUCUAUGUUCAAAACUCUAGUAAGUUUGGAGAAAGCUGUGCCUCUCGCACCUGGUUGGGUACAACUCCGUGUUGUCCAGUGCCAAACCAGGUUAAGUGCUGCCGAAUCCCGCCUGUGAUCGAUCCCGCUCCCUUUCCUCCUGGCUGUUUUAAAUGCGCUGCAAAGCUGCGCUGAGCAGGGAAAGCUGCAGGAAUGCUCAGCCAGGCAUGGUGCUCAGUGUUGAACAAACCCUGGCCAGGAUCUGCUGCUCCUCUGCAGUGGGGGAUCGUUCCUGAGCUGCACAACUGCCUUUUCUGUCUCCUGAAAUGUUUUUGUUUUGGCUAAAAUUGUGCAACUGACUGGGUCAUUAAAUGCUUAUUUGUAAUAAAAGGAAUAAGG